ACCGAAUUUAAAAAAAUGGAUUUGUUUAUAUUUUGUGAUAGGAUAUGGGAAAUCAUAAAUCUAGUAUUCAUUUUCGUACGCCAAUGGGUUAAAAGAAUUUUUAGUUAUUACAUGAACCAUUCCAAAAAUUUAUAACUGGUAGAAGUAAUUUUAUUUCGUUGAUUGGAGACGACCAUUGGAUUUCGUGAACAAAUUUCUUUUGUGGUUUUGUGAACCUUGUGAUCUUUGUGUCGUGUAAAAAAAGUCGAUUUGAAAAGAUUUAAUGUAUCAAGAAUAUGGAAAUAACAAUGAUAAAAUUAAUCCUGUUAUUGGCCUAUUUAUUGAAACACACGUCAGCUGAUUACCGGACAGAAAAAAAUCGACUAAUAGAGCUGGACAGAGAACGCACCAUCGGCUCCAAGUUGCAUCUAACCGAGAAGGAAAACCGAGCGAACGAAAUCAUCACUUCCCUAAAAACGAGCGAGCUGCAAUCAGGUUUUGAAGAUCCCAACAAAUUUCCAUCCUCCCAGCAUUUCUUCGACAUUCGGAAAACCAUACGAAUCUCCAGGAUUUUCCAAAUCAUACAGAAGCUACCCAAAGGCUCGUCCUUGCACAUUCACUCCUUCGCCCUUACUUCACAGGAGUACCUCUACAAUUUAACCUUCAGAGAAAACUUAUACGCCAGCAUCUCAUCAUCAGGAGAACUAUCCUUCCGCUUCUUCCCCUCGAACACCAGCACAAACUGGAGCUCCCUGAGCCAGCUCAGGAGGACCAACCGCAGUAAUUUCGAGGAGUUCCUCAAAUCCAAACUCACCCUCGUACGCGAGGAUCCCCGCAAAUCCUACCCCACUGUAGAGGACGCGUGGAGUGCCUUCCAGGGCAUCUUCUCUACAGUCAACGGCCUCAUCAGUUUCAAGCCCGUCUUCGAGGACUUUUUCUAUCAAGGACUCAAGGAGCUCCGCGAGGACAACGUAAAGUACGCGGAGAUCAGAUGCACGGGGCUAUACGCGUACGAUAUGAAGGGCAAGGUUUAUAGGGACGAGGAAGUGAUUGGUAUCUACGCGAAGGUUAUUAAAAGAUUCCGGAGGGAUUACCCGGAUUUCGUGGGGGCGAAGUUCAUUUACGCCCCCCACAGGAAGUUUGUUCGCGCCAAUAUCGAUGAGGAGAUUGAGGUUUAUAGGAGAAUUAGGAAGGCUUAUCCCGAAUUGGUGGUGGGGUUCGAUCUGGUCGGGCAAGAAGAUAAAGGAUACCCCCUCAGCGAUUUCGUGACGCACAUAGAGAAAAUUCGGGACAUCGGCGGAAACUUGUACUUCCACGCCGGCGAAACGGACUGGUUCGGAUUCGAAUCCGACGAGAACCUUUUCGACGCCGUGCUGCUGAACGCCACCAGAAUAGGCCACGCGUUCGCCUUGCCCAAGCACCCCGGCCUCGUCGAAGAGGUCAAACGGCGAGGGAUCGCCGUCGAGGUGUGCCCCAUAUCCAACCAGGUGCUCGAGCUAGUCGGGGAUUUCCGGAACCAUCCGGCUGCGGUGAUGAUGGCCGAUGGGGUUCCUGUCGUGGUCGGUUCGGACGAUCCGAGUUUUUGGGGCGCCGAGGGGCUGUCGCACGAUUGGUACGUGGUCUUCAUGGCGAUGACCAGCAGGAGGACGGGGUUGCGAUUUUUGAAGCAACUCGCGUUGAAUUCUCUAAGUUAUAGCAGCUUGGAUGGUAAAGAGAUGGGUAGGGCUUUAGAACAGUGGAAAGUUGAUUGGGAUGAGUUUAUUGAGUUUGUAAUAAAGCGGUACUAAUUAUUAAAAGUUAUAUUUGUUGUUGUUUCGUACCCUGUUCGGAAAUAAAAUACAUUAAAAAAGCA